GGUCAUCCAUGGCUUCUUCAAGGAAGGCCAAGUAGGCAAGGCGUGCAGCCUGUUCCAUGAAAUGGCGCAGCAGGGCGUUGCGCCUAAUUUGAUGACAUAUACCUCGGUUAUUGAUGCGCUGUGCAAGGCCAAAGCAAUGGACAAGGCAGAGUAUUUCCUUCGUCAGAUGGUUGAUAAUGGUGUCGUACCUGAUAAUGUCACAUAUAAUAGCCUCAUCCAUGGAUAUUCCUCUUCAGGCCAUUGGAAGGAGCCAGUUAGGGUAUCCAAAGAGAUGACAAGUCGGAGGGUUACAGCAGAUGUGCAUACUUACAACAUGUUUAUGACCUUUCUUUGCAAACAUGGAAGAAGCAAAGAAGCUGCAGGAAUUUUUGAUACCAUGGCUAUGAAGGGCCUGAAACCUGACAACGUUUCAUAUGCUAUUCUCCUUCAUGGGUAUGCCACCGAAGGAUGCUUAGUUGAUAUGAUUAAUCUCUUCAAUUCAAUGGAAAGAAACUGUAUUCUACCUGACUGUUGUAUCUUCAACAUACUGAUUAAUGCAUAUGCUAAAUCUGGGAAGCUUGAUAAGGCUAUGCUUAUCUUCAAUGAAAUGCAGAAACAAGGAGUGAGUCCAGAUGCAGUCACAUAUUUACCCGUAAUAGAUGCAUUUUGCAAAAAGGGUAGGUUGGACGAUGCUAUGAUUAUGUUUAAUCAGAUGAUUGAUACGGGAUUACGACCAGACACAGCUGUUUAUACUUCCCUAAUCCAAGGUUUUUGUACACACGGCGAUUUGGUGAAAGCAAAGGAAUUGGUUACUGAAAUGAUGAACAAAGGUAUACCUCCUCCUGAUAUUAAGUUCUUCCAUUCAAUCAUGCAGAACCUAUGCACAGAAGGAAGGGUAAUAGAAGCACGGGAUAUCCUUGGCUUGAUAGCACACAUAGGUAUGAGGCCUAAUGUUUGCACAUUUAAUAUACUGAUUGGUGGAUACUGCCUAGUCCGCAAGAUGGAGGAUGCCUCAAAAAUAUUUGAUGAUAUGAUGUCAUAUGGUUUAGAACCUUCUAAUAUUACGUAUGGUAUACUUAUUAAUGGCUAUUGCAAAAACUUAAGGAUUGACGAUGGGCUGAUUCUGUUCAAAGAAAUGUUGCGCAAGGGAGUUAAACCUACAACUUUUAAUUAUAACGUCAUACUGGAUGGGUUAUUUCUGGCUGGACGAACUGUUGCUGCAAAGGAAAAGUUUCAUGAGAUGGCUGAAUCUGGAGCAGAUGUGUGCAUUGAUACAUACUGUAUAGUUCUUGGUGGACUUUGUAGAAAUAAUUGCUACAGCGAAGCAAUCAUGCUGUUCCAGAAAUUAAGCGCAACGAAUGUGAAAUUUGAUAUUACAGUUGUCAAUAUCAUUAUUGGUGCAUUCUACAGGGUCCAGAGAAACCAAGAGGCUAAGGAUUUGUUUGUUGCUAUACCAGCCAAUGGCUUGGUUCCUAAUUCUGUUACCUACACCAUAAUGAUGAGAAAUCUUAUAAAAGAAGGUUCAAUAGAAGAAGCUGACGAUCUCUUUUUAUCAAUGGAGAAGAGCGGUUGUACUGCUGACUCUUAUAUGUUAAAUCUUAUUGUCAGAAUGUUACUGGAAAAAGGAGAGCUAGUCAAGGCUGGGAAUUAUAUGUCUAAAGUUGAUGCAAAGAGCUACUCACUUGAAGCUAAAACCGUUUCGCUGCUUAUCUCUCUCUUUUCAGGGAAAGGGAAAUAUAGAGAACACAUAGGAUUGCUCCCUACAAAGUAUCGGUUUCGUGAAGAAGCAGCCACAGUUUAGUUUGAUACAUGGUAAACUUUAGUUGUUGCUUGCCUAGGCCUGCCAAAGUAUCCUUCUGCUUGUACAACAAAUGCAUUUACUAUAUGUAAGAAGAAAUUCACUAUAGAAGAAGCUCAGAACAAACAAAGCUGAAUCCAAACUUAAACAGAAGAUGUGCAGUAUGCUAGCAAAACACCUAUGGGAGAAGACAGACCAUAUAGGAACCGGAGUUUGACCGGCUUGAGAUCUACGCUGCCGAAGCCAGAUUGAGUCUGAUGGAUUUUGGUGAGCUCGCCAUGGUUUUCUCCUCUGUUCCUUCUUGACGAGCCGAUGGUGUAACAUUUUGGUACUACAGAACAUAGUUUUGCUUCUUCCCGUAGAACCGCCGGAUCUGAUUAUCUUUUUAUACUCAUUGUCUAGUUUAUUUUCUGUUACGUGAGCUCAAGUUCAGCAUGUUCUUUCAUCUUCUUCCUCGUAAUUUUUCAUUGCUCACCUAUGGCGUGUAUUUUUCAUCCUCAAAAUACACCACCCCUGUAU